CUGAAAAUGCCGUCGGUUUCGAAAACGGCGGCGAACGCUUCUCCUCAAACCGAGAAACCAACCCACUAUACAUAUUUGAAGGAGUUUAGGACCGAACAGUGCCCUCUCUUCUUGCAGCACAAGUGCACACAACAUAGACCCUUUACAUGUUUUCAUUGGCAUUUCCUCAACCAGAGGCGAAGACGACCGAUUAGAAGAAGAGAUGGAACUUUUAACUACAGCCCUGACGUUUAUUGCACAAAAUAUGACGAGACUACGGGCAUUUGCCCAGAUGGAGAGGACUGUCCUUACUUGCACCGGACCACUGGUGACACAGAGCGGAAGUACCAUCUUCGCUAUUACAAGACUGGUACCUGUAUCCAUGAAACUGAUGCCCGCGGGCACUGCGUGAAGAACGGCCUACACUGCGCCUUUGCCCAUGGCCCACAUGAUCUCCGCCCCCCUGUCUACGAUAUCAGAGAGAUCCAGGCACAGGAAGCCCUCCAGAAUGGCCAGUUGGGAUCUGGAGAGGGUAUCCCUGAUCUACAGCCUGGAGUACUGGCCAGCCAAGCCAUGAUAGAGAAGACUCUUACAGAGGACCCCCGGUGGCAGGACACCAAUUUUGUUUUAGCGAACUACAAAACAGAGCAGUGCACCAAGCCUCCACGACUAUGCAGACAGGGCUAUGCCUGCCCUCACUACCACAAUAGUAGAGACAGAAGACGAAAUCCACGCAAGUUCAAAUACAGGUCAACUCCGUGUCCCAAUGUGAAACAUGGGGAUGAGUGGGGAGAGCCAUCGAAGUGUGACAGCGGAGACAGCUGUCAAUACUGUCACUCACGCACUGAACAGCAGUUCCACCCAGAGAUCUACAAAUCCACCAAAUGCAAUGACAUGAGGCAAACUGGUUAUUGUCCUAGAGGGCCCUUCUGUGCGUUUGCGCAUGUAGAAAGAAUUCCAUCCACGGAAGAGACCAUGAACUCGUUGCUAACAGCGAUGCAGUCUGGCUCCCAGGCCAAGCUGGGCUCUCAGCAGUAUUCAGAGUGUCCGGUCAGCGAGUGGGGCAGCAGUGCACACUCCAUCAGCAGCAUCAACAACGGCGAAGUGGGGAAUGUUUCAUAUUCUAAUAGUCCGACUGUAACGCCAUGCUCAGGAAGCAACAGUUCAUUGUCCCCAAUCGGACCCAUCGGCAGGUCCAAAUGCUUAACUAAUGGUAGCUUAUGUUCAGAGUCCACCACGUCAAGUGUGUCAUCUCUGACGUCUAACUAUCCCAAAGCGCCCGGCUUUGAACGCGAGGAUCAGAUAAAGAACUAUAAGGGACAUAGUGAUCAAAAGAUGAUGGACCGAGACAAGCAGACACACAAUAGUGUAUUCUCUGGGAUGAACCCUCUGGCAUCCAGCAUAACGUCCAGUAUAGAAUCUAGCCUGGCCUCCAGUAUUGGAUCGGAUAGUUCCUCACCCACCACCUUAUCAACAAUGAAUGCAAAAGCAACCCCAUUCUAUCCUGGGAGCAAUACUGUGGAGUCAGUUAUAGGUUCUGCUCUUGACCUGAAUUUUUGUGACAUCAAUGUUGCCUCUCUUGAUAAAGAGUUUGAGGAGCAAGAAAACAACAGUCUUGGUUUAAGUCAAAGGAUGCUGGGAGGAUCCGCUCCGGUCAACAUUCCUGGCUCCCUUGCACGGUCUUCUUCGUUGAAUUCCAACUCCUCGCUCUCUGCCUCCCCUCUGAGCUCCCUCUCCCAGUCCCUGUCCCAGUGCCUGUUGUCAGGAAUGGCUCCACAGCAAACUCAGCCUCAGGGCCUGCUAACCAAACCUGAGCAUGGCCUUCUGGGAACACCUACCUCCUCUCAGAACUCUCUGGGUUUGAAUGGGGGAGCUAGCAGCAUAUGGGACUUUGUGAGUGGCAACUUCUCUCCCAGCCCAUCACCAGUGUUCAGCAGCCUGGGAUCCACCACUGUGAGCAGCAGCGCUGACCUGAACCGGCUCUUCAGGGAGCUGGAUGAGGCAAAGAGGAAGAUCAAGCAAUGGGAAGACGCCUGGCACCAGGUCAAGCAGGCAUGUGAGGCCUGGCAGAAAGACUCCCAUGAUGCAAAAGAACAAGCAAAGUCGGCCGAGGCGGAGCGGCAGCUGGCAGAGCAGAAGCGAGAGGACACGGAGCGCAAGCUGAAGGAGCUCCAGGGGGACUUUGACGUGCUGUGUCGCUCCCCUAGCACACCCCUGCUUAGAAGCUAUGGAGACCUGGACCAGCUCCCUCUACCAAAGCUCCACUCCAUCCAGAGCCAGCUGCGCACUGACCUAGACCUUAUAGACGGGGUAAUAUAUCAGCUUCAGUCAAAGAAAUGUAUAGUUUGCCAAACGCAUGAUCGUUGCAUAGUCCUGCAGCCUUGCCAACAUUAUGUACUUUGUAAGAACUGUGCACCUAGUAAAUCAGAAUGUCCAUACUGUAAGACAAAAAUAUUGAAGUGGUGAUGUACAAUUAUUCAAGGUACUACUUAAGGAAUUUGCCCUUUGAAGAACUACUAAUACAUAUAGUAUGCUUACAUUUUCUAAAUAGCAUUUUGUGUUUCAGUAUUCAUAUAGUAAUUCAAUUAAUAGUUUGAUUUGAACUACAUAAAUGGUGUUUGAUAAAUCAAGUA